AUGGAUGGAUCGUUGUCACGAGCUGUUGCAGCUGCAGCUCGUUAUGUUGCCGACUCCAACAUUGACAACACCGCCCUCUUCGAAGACUCCUUGAAAGGAGUGGAGGUCACCGGAAGAUUAUCUCUUUCCAACCAGUUCCUCACCGAAUUGCUAGACUACAGUCCACACAUUCUUUCGGCCAACACUUCAAGUGCACCGACUAGGUCAAAGCUUCUACGACUUCUCUUUAGCUUAGCUCUAUACAAUGUGAAAAUACGACGGUAUCUCUGUGGCGAACUCCAUCUAUGUGGACCUGUUUUUGAGUGCCUGAAGAUGUCGCUGAAAGAGCAACUAGGACCGCAAAAUUUAAUCGACAUUCUUCGGCUGCUACAGACAUCGUACAAGGCUUUUUCGCGACGUGUCAUCAAAUUGUUGUCGCAUGAUUCACGCAUUGUAGUCGUAUCAUCGUUGGUGUUGGUUGGGUACCUUGAAGAGAAGGUUCGAGAC